GGGGGAAGAGAAGAAAGCGGGGAGGAAUGAGGAAAAAGUGAAUAGAAACAAAAGCAUGAGGCCACGAGCCACGAGGCGCAGGACAAGUGGGUCUAUUCACCAAAAUGGAAUCCAAACGCAUUCAUUGUAUUUGUUGUCGUCUUCCGAAACCCUCAGAAACAGGUGUGAUGAUGGGGAUCCUCUGCUUUGCCUCCUCCUAACCUUCACCCUUAUUCCUCCAAGCUCCAUUAUCUUUUCCCCCUCACGCCCCCCUCAUCGCGAUUUUCCUCACCUUUUUCGUUCAGGAACCUCCUUCAACCCGUUCUCUUCUUUUAGAUUUCAAGCCGCAUCAGAACGCAGCUCCGUAUUCUUACUGUUCAUUGCUAACAGAGAGGAACGAAUAAAGUCCGCUUGUGAAAUUCUGUCUUGGCCGCUUUGGGAUGAAGAGGCCACUUUCCGGUGACGUCGCACCGGCUACGGGUGAUGAUAAGGAGGUGAAGAAGGUUAAGCGGACGGAGGGUGACAAAGAGGAGGACAAUCGGACGGCAGAAAACUCCGGCGCGUUUGUUUAUUUUGAUGAGAAUCUGCUUUUCGAGGUGCUGAAGCACGUGGACGCGAGGACGCUGGCGAUGGCGGGAUGCGUGAGCAAGCAGUGGCACAAGACGGCGCAGGACGAGCGAUUGUGGGAGUUGAUCUGCUCCAAGCAGUGGGCCAACACCGGCUGCAGCGAGCAACAACUGCGUACGGUGGUCCUCGCGCUCGGUGGAUUUCGUCGUCUUCACGCGCUCUACCUGGCUCCCCUCUCGAAGCCGCAGCCAUGUUCGACCUCCUCCUCGUCGUCGUCGUCGUCGUCUUCUUCUUCCUGGCCUGCGGUCCCGAAGGUGAUCCGAUCGAAGCCACAGUCUCGGCUGGGGAAAGACGAGGUUCAUCUUUCCUUGUGUCUGAUGUCGAUCAGUUGCUACGAGAAGAUGAAUUUCAACAAGAGGAACAGAUGAUUUUUACGAAUAACUAUGUUAGCAAUUCUGAUUUGGCCUAUGCAAUCUGCCGAUGGCCUUAUUGGUUCUGAAUUUUUAUUUGUACGGGUGGGAUUUUCUGGAUCGGAGUGACCAGAUCUGCAGUAUUAUUAACACGGAUUCGAGUUGAAUGAGAAGGAAUCUGGUUAAUGGAUGAAUUAUAUUAUAAUAUGAUAGGAUAUAUCCAAUAAUCGGAUUUUGGUUUAUGAAAGAAUUCAUCUAA